AUGGAUUAUACAAAACAAAUGUCUUGUAAACGAAUACCAUUAAUAUUACUUUCUGAUGGUACAACUUAUUAUGAUGCAACAACAAUACCAGAUGAAAAUAAUCAAGAAAUUGAAUUAAUGGAAGGUGAAUAUCUUGGCAGUCCAGUAUCACCAGGUGUCUAUGAAGGAAAAGUACGAAUAGUUGAUGAUCCAAUAAAUUCUGAAUUACAACCUGGUGAAAUAUUAGUUUGUACAGCUACUGAUCCAGCAUGGACAUCAUUAUUUCCAAUUGUUGGUGCUUUGGUAUUAGAAAUGGGUGGAAUGCUUCAACAUGGUGCUAUAGUUUCAAGAGAAUAUGGUUUACCAGCUGUUGUUGGUGUUGCUAAUGCUAAGAAAAUAUUUCAUAACGGUCAACUUAUUCAAGUUAAUGGCUCUACUGGACGAAUUAAAAUUUUAUCUGAUUAA